AACGCGUCAAGUUUUGAUUGUUGCAGCGGCAAAUUUGACUGCUGUAGCGUUGUCUGUAGAUCCGGGGGUGAUUUAGUUAAAAAACAGACAGAAAGCAUUGUAGCUUCGGUGGGUAGGGGCACUCAAUACAUGCAGUCCCACUGUUAACUGGUCUUCAAGUUCUUGAAACUUUGUGCCGUACGGUAACGCCUUCGAAGGGGAAUUAACUUAAUCAUCUUCUGGAUCAGAUCCUGCAGAUUUUCCUAUAACGUAAAGAAUGGAAGUGGAACCAGAGGUGAAAAGGCUGAAGAGGAUGUUUAAGGACCCAAAUCCUCUAUUCAGAACUUGGUUGACUGAGUGGAAAAAUGAGGCGGAGAGCAAGGGCACCAAAAUGAAAUUUGUGUACGCAACGGCGCUGAAGUCGCUGCGCCAGUACCCGCUGCCGCUGACGUCCGGCAAGAGCUGCAACAUCCUCAAGGGCUUCGGGACCGCGCUCUGCGCCCGGCUGGAUCAGCGUCUGCAGCAGCACGUCGACAAGCACGGCCCGCUGCCGGCCGCCGGCGUCACUGACCGGGUGGAGAUCAACGGUGCCGGCCGGAGGAGGCAGAGCGGCGCCGCUCGGAGGAACGGGAGGAAGUCGGCCGAGUACCGGCCGCGGCCCGGCUCCGGGGCGUUCGCCGUGCUGCUGACCCUGCGUCGGCACGAGCAGCAGCCCGGCAGCACCGGGUUCCUCGAGAAGGGGGCGCUGCAGGAGCAGGCGCAGCCGCUGUGCUCGUCGUCGUUCACGCUGCCGGAGGCGGGCAGCUACUACACGGCCUGGAGCACCGUGUCGAGCCUGGUCAAGCGACGCCUGGUGCAGAGGCAGGGCUGCCCGGCCAGGUGAGCCUGAACAGACGACGGACGUCAGCUGGCCGACCGGCUUCAGGUGUCGCCCGCGGCCGUCCCCAGCCAGCGGGCUCGCUUCGACGGUCUGGAGGCGUCCCCAGCGCCCGUCCCCAGCCAGCGGGAUCGCUUCGGCUGUCUGGGGGCGUCCCCGCCGCCCGUCUACAGCCAGCGGACCGGCUGUGACGGCCCGUACCAGUACAUCUCCGACGGCGGUGCAGACGUCCGCGGCAAGGACGAGGCGGCGGUGCUGAUCGACGACGAGUUCGUGGGCUUCCUGUGCCGCGGGACGCGCGGCCGCCCUUGGUGCUCCAGCCGAACACCUUUGACGUCAUGCUCUGCGUGGACAAUCAGGAGACGUCUGGCAAGUCGGGUGCCUGGCGCCUGCCUGCGCACCUACCGGGACGUGGUGUUGGCCGAGCUGCAGAAGAACGGCGUGGUGGCGGACGUGCGUAAGCUCAGUGUGGGCGACUUCCUGUGGGUGGCGCGGCCACGCACCGGCCAGCAGACCCCGGAGGAGCUGGUGCUACCGUACGUGGUGGAGCGCAAGCGCCUGGAUGACCUGGCGGCGAGUAUCCGCGACAGCCGCUACCGCGAGCAGAAGUUCCGGCUGAAGCGAUGCGGCCUGCCGCACGUCAUCUACCUGGCCGAGGCCAUGGACGGGCCGGCCGGCCUGCCGCACGUCAUCUACCUGGCCGAGGCCAUGGGCUCCGGGCCACGAGCCCACAGCGUCGGGAUGCCCGACUCGACGCUGCAGCAGGCGCUGGCCAACUGCCAGGUGGUGGACGGCUUCCGCGUGAAGCGGACGGCCGACCAGCGCGAGACGGCCGCCUUCCUCACGCUCAUGACGCGCCGGCUACAGCGCCGCUACCAGCAUCUCCGGUCUGGAGAGCUGUCCGCGGGACCUCCUGCCGGCGGCGAUGUCGGCCACUCCACAGCGCCUGCUUCGCUUCAGCGAGUUCCACCAGCUGUCGGGAAGCGGCAGCGGCUGACGGCCACCGACCUAUUCGCCAAGAUGCUGCUGCAGCUGGCCGGCCUGUCAGUGGACAAGGCCGGCGCCGUGGUGGCCGCCUACCCGACCGUGCGCCGCCUGCUGGACGCGUACGCCGACUGCGACACGCCAACCGAGGCGGAGGCGCUGCUCGCGCCGCUGCGCGCGCCCAGGUCGGGUCGCCCGCUCGGCGCCGCCGUCAGUCGCGCCCUCUACCACCUGUACUGCGACGCCCAGCUGCGGUGA